CUGAGUCAUGGACUUCCCCUGGCCCCUCCUCUCCCGCCGCCCCUCCCUCUCCGGGCCCCCCCGCCGGGGCUAAGGCGGGCGCGGCGCUCGGGCCCAGGGGGUGGGGCUGCCGGGCAUGGCUGCGCCCCCAUCGGCUCCUCUGCCGUGCUCGCCUUUUUACCUGCGGGGGCAGGCGCCGGGCCCGCGCUGCCCAUGGGGCAUGGAGGAGAAGGCGGCGGCCGGCGCGGGCUGCGCGGAGCCGCCGGGCCCCCAGAGGGCCGCCGCCGUCCCGUGCUUCGGCAUCUGCGUGGACCAGGACGACAUCCUGCCCGGCGCCCUGCGCCUCAUCCAGGAGCUGCGGCCGCACUGGGAGCCCGAGCAAGUUCGGACCAAGCGCUUCACCGAUGGCAUCACCAACAAGCUGGUGGCCUGCUACGUGGAGGAGGAUAUGCGGGACUGUGUGCUGGUCCGGGUGUACGGGGAGCGCACGGAGCUGCUGGUGGACCGGGAGAAUGAGGUCAGGAACUUCCAGCUGCUGCGAGCACACGGCUGCGCCCCCAAGCUCUACUGCACCUUCCAGAAUGGGCUGUGCUACGAGUACAUGCAAGGCGUGGCGCUGGGGCCCGAGCACAUCCGGGAGCCCCGGCUCUUCAGGUUAAUCGCCUUAGAAAUGGCCAAGAUUCACACGAUCCACACCAAUGGCAGCCUGCCCAAGCCUACCCUCUGGUACAAGAUGCACAAUUAUUUCACACUUGUGAGGAACGAGAUCAACCCCAGCCUCUCUGCAGGUGUCCCUAAGGUGGAGGUGCUGGAGUGGGAGCUGGCCUGGCUGAAGGAGCACCUGUCCCAGCUGGACUCCCCCGUGGUGUUUUGUCACAACGACCUGCUCUGCAAGAACAUCAUCUAUGACAGCGCCAAAGGUCACGUCCGGUUCAUCGACUACGAGUAUGCCGGCUACAACUACCAGGCCUUUGACAUUGGCAACCAUUUCAAUGAGUUUGCAGCGCUCCGCCCUGCUCCCGGCAGGUGUGAACGAGGUGGAUUACUGCCGGUACCCGGCCCGCGAGACCCAGCUGCAGUGGCUGCACUACUACCUGCAGGCGCAGAAGGAGACGGCCGUGACCCCCAGGGAGGUGGAGCGGCUCUACGUGCAAGUCAACAAGUUUGCCCUGGCAUCUCACUUCUUCUGGGCUCUCUGGGCCCUCAUCCAGAACCAGUACUCCACCAUCGACUUCGACUUCCUCAGGUACGCAGUGAUCCGAUUCAACCAGUACUUCAAGGUGAAGCCUCAAGUCUCGGCCUUGGAGAUGCCAAAGUGACCAGCCUCGCCCGUCUGCCUGGCCAGCUUUGCUCCCCGGGCCCCGCUCUGCUCCGGGGGCCUCACCCCUGGACAAGGUGGGAGAGGGGACGGGGCAGGGGGCGGGGUCCAGGGAGAAGGCUCUGUCCCUGCCGCCAGCCCCCAGUGGCUGCUACUGAAGACCUCAUUCUCCUGUUGGGAGGGGCGGACAGGACCCAGCCCCCCCCCCCAGGGGGGUCCCCUGCCCCUCACCAGGCACAGGAGAAAGUGCCUGCGGCCAGACCGACCCAGAACCCCGGGGAAGCACACCCGUCCGUCCCAGCCCUCGCUGGAACCUGGGCUGCCUUAGACACGUCUGCCCCUGCCUGGCCUGGGGCCAGGGCGCCUUACUACCUCCAGUGCCCCAGCCUCCAGCCUGUCUCCCUUUGCAUGGCCCACACCAGCAUCAGCCAGCUCUGCCCGACGGGGGCGGGGGCCAAAACCAGGCAGCCCCCUUCUCUGAGGCCCUCAGCUCCAGCCCACCCCCUCCCCACACCCCAGCCCAAGGAACCAUGCCCCUCCCCGCCACAGGUCCCUGCUGGGGGCAGGGAGGGCGUGGUGGCCAGUGCCUGUGCCAGUUGCCUCCUGCCCAAGGACCUCUCCUCCUCCCCUGGGGGCAGGCUCUGAUGGUGCCAGUGCUGACCUAGCCCCACGGCCCCUGGCGCUCACCAGCCUCCACCUCCAGUCCUCACAGCUCCUGGGGUGCCCUCCAGGCUGUGGCCUAUAAAGUGAUUCAUUUGUAAA